AUUAUGAAAUGGGUCUGUGGUGACAUUCCCUGAAAAAUAUAUUUUUUCUCUAUUUUAUACACAUAAAAUGUAAUUAUGCACAUAACUGAAGCUCAAAGAAAUAUAAUGUUUCUAUUUUAUUCUCCUCCAGACUGGGGGGUCCUCCGGGCCGUGAGUCUGCUCGGAGCGGCUCUGACAGCAGCAGGAGGAGGAGGAGGAGGAGGAGGAGGAGGAGUGUCGGUGCAGCGGCUCCAUCAGUCGGUAAACAGUCGGCAACCGUCAGGACAGUAACGGUCGGUAACGGACAGUAACGGUCGGUGAGAAGAUGAAGAUGAUGCUUCUUCAGCUCGGCGGUCAUGUGACUUCUCGUGGAGGAGGGGCAGUCAGCGUUGAACUAGCUUCCAGUGGACAGGAGGUCUGAAGUGAGGCGAGGGAUCAUGGGAGAUGGAGGACCCCUGCAGACCGAGGGGAACGCCCUCCUCAAAGCCGUCUUCCAGGGGAAGCUUAGGUUGACCCGCCUGCUACUGGAGGGCGGAGCUUACAUCAACGAGGGCAAUGAGCGCGGGGAAACUCCCAUCUCCGCUGCCUGCAUAGCGAGCUACGACGACCUGCAGACCCGGCAGAGGAUGGUGAGGUACCUGUUGGAGAAAGGCGCCGAUCCAAACAUCCCCGACAAGAGCGGGAGGACGGCGCUGAUGCACGCUUGCGCUGAGCAGGCGGGAAAGGAAGUGGUCUCACUCCUACUGGAGAAUGGAGCUGAUCCCAGCCUCAAAGACUACUCCGGCUCCUCCGCCCUCGUCCACGCCAUCAACAAGGGAGACCGCGACACUCUGCAGGUGCUGCUGGACGCCUGCAAAGCCAAAGGCAAGGAGGUGAUCAUCAUCACUACUGACACGUCUCCGUCAGGCACCAAGAAGACCAAGCAGUACCUCAACUCCCCCCCCUCACCGGGCAUCGUGGACAGACUGUCUCCAGCCUGCAUGUCUCCCUCUGAGGUGGAGAUCGGCACCUCCUCACCGCCGGGAGACAAGAGCAAAUACGAGGGGGGGAUCUUCAGCUUCGCGCUCACCUCGGCUUUACCUUUACCUUCAGCUCGGCCUCCAGGAGAAAAGAGACCGCCGCCACGCAAGCUGCUGAAGAGGCUGAACUCGGAGCCCUGGGGCCUGGUGGCGCCUUCGGUCCUGAGCGGGGUUCCUCAGGAGAGGGUUGAUUUAGGCCUUGAGGAGGAGGGUGGCUGCGAUCUGAGCAGGACGAUCGCCGAGAUUAACGGCCUGUCCAUUACAGAACCGGUGAGACCUCUGUUGUCACGACGACACAGCAUCGAGACCCACGACCCCUGCUCCCCCAAACUCAUCGACCGGUCCUGCUCUGAGGAUUAUGCAGCCCUCUCUGGUUCCUCCUGGGCCGACAAAGUCCAGCAGCACCAGAUCCUGUACCGUAGGAACACAGCCCCGGAGUCCCAGGAGAACGCCGGAGGACCUGGGGCGGUCGCUGCCCGGGCCCUGGCUCACCCUAAACUGACCCGGAUGGAGCACUAUGAGUCGGACACCCACCUCUGCCCAGAGUCCAUCCCUGGAUCUCCAGACUCUGGUCGGGUGUCUGUGGAGCGGAGGAGGUACAACGCCUCUCCCCUGUCCUUGGUCACUAGUUCCUCAAGGGAGUCUCUGGAGAACAUCCCCAACUCAGUGUCCCCCAUGACCAUACGCAGGCGUCCUCCGGGGCUGCUGGAGCGCCGGGGCUCCGGGACCCUCCUGUUGGACCACAUCUCCCACACCAGGCCCGGCUUCCUGCCUCCGCUCAACAUCAACCCCCAGAGACCCAUCCCCGACAUCCGGGCCAACGGAAAGCCCACCUCCCCCAUUCACUCCGGGCAUAAGAUCCUGGUCCCCAUGGCCCCCGCUUCGCCCAAACGGGGUCCCGACUUCAAGAUGAAGAAGAAGCUGAUGAGGAGACACUCGAUGCAGACGGAGCAAAUGAAGCAGCUCUCCACCUUCCAGGAGAUCCUGGCCGAGAAGGUCAUCGAGUCCAACGGGGAUUGAUGAUAGGAGGCGUGGGAGCAAAGCAUGAUGGGUAGCUGCAGAGACUUUUAGGGUGGUGAUUUACUGUGAAGCUUCUCCAUCAGAUCAUCACCUCACUGAUGAACUCCUCUAAAACCACGUCCUGAGGCCUGUACUACAAAGCGAGUUAAAUAUAGCCAGGGCAUCUUCUUGUUAUCUAGCUUAACUAACCCUAACAAACAGAUCCCGCUAAGCGGUCCUACGAAGGUGGUUAUCAACUCUGUAAAUCAACACAGGGUUUCUCCAUCUGGCUGUGAGCGCGUUCACAUGAACGGUGUUUG